AUGCAUUUGGCGAAGGAAGUUCCAGUUAAUGGUGGCGGUGGCCACCAUACUUCCGUCGUGAACGGCCAUAAGAGCAACGGUGUGCACUGGAGCAAUGGCACAGAUUCUCCCGCAUCUACACCGGCAUACACCGCCCGUGGGACGCGCACAGAAGAAGAGAAUGAAUUAAUAAUAAGCAUUCCGAAAAGCACAUCUCAAUCGGAUGUUCUUGAGACACUCAUCACAAGCUGGAUUAUACUUGUGCAAAGAUAUCAGCGGGAUGCAUUCCGCGCUAUCUCAUGGGGCCUCAAAGACGCUGCUAACUCCGAACUGCAAUGCAUUUCUGCAGAACAAUUACAACUGCAGGAUUUAUCCACCGCAGAAGAUCUUCUUCAAGCAGUACGGAAAGUAACAUCAAAAACCAUCGUUAGUGAGCGAGGCUCAGAUCCGAUCCUUGUUUUCAAGGAUGGCACACCAGACGAGUGGAGAUUCCAGACUUUUGCUGUGCAACUACGGCCUACUUCCAUCUACGCUACUUCGCAAUGGAGAGUACCCGAGAUGUCUCUGCACCAAGCAGUCACACAACUCCACAUGCUUUCCGACAUUGUCGCUACUGUUUUCCAAGAUCGACAGUACUUAUUAUCACAUUUCAACAGCCCUACCCAAACUGAAUUAGACGAGCUGUGGUCCUGGAAUACUCCAGUUCCUCCUACUAUCGAUAGAUGUAUGCACGACAUUUUCUCUGAGCAGGCUCAGAAACAUCCCGACAAGCCCGCUGCGGACGCUUGGGAUGGCAUUUUGACGUUCGGCCAAGUAGACCAAUAUUCAACAGAAUUGGCACAAACAUUAUUACUGCUAGACGAUAAGCCGUCCGUCGUUCCAGUGUUGAUCGAGAAAUCACGAUGGGCAAUGGUCUGCGUGCUCGCGGUCAUGAAAUCCGGAAACACGUUCGUUCUCCUCGACCCUGUUCAGCCCCAGGGCCGACUGAGCGCCAUCAUCGAGCAGACCAAGUCUCGAAUCAUCGUCGCUUCAAAGGCACAGGCAUCACUUGCUGCUCAGGUAGCAGCCAAUGCUACGAUAGUGCCUGUGUCCGAAUCGAAAUUUGCAAAUGUGUACUCCCCGUUCGCAGAGCAACAACCCAAAACUUCUCUGCCUCCAGUGGACCCAUCGGUACCUAUGUAUGUUCAAUUUACAUCCGGAAGUACUGGAAAGCCAAAAGGUUGCAUGAUAUCGCACCGGCAAUACGUCUCUGGAGCGAUCGAGAGGCCUCCUGGUAUCGGUUAUAAGAGCACCACUCGAUCACUUGAUUUCGUCAGCUACGCAUUCGAUGUCAGCAUUGAUACCAUGUUCUUCACGCUAUCUCAAGGUGGAACUCUCUGCAUAACAUCUGAUGAGCGACGCAUGAAUGAUCUCAACGGUGCCAUGCGGGACUUGCGAGUCAAUUUCGUGGGCCUGACACCAUCUGUCGCGCGAACCCUCGAGCCAGAUGUGCUUGAUCAACUCGAUACGCUAGCUGUAGGUGGUGAAGGCGUUGCAUCGAGCGAUGUCAACGAGUGGCUCAAACGAUGCAGUCGAGUUGUUAAUGCGUAUGGCCCUUCAGAGUGCACAGUUGGAGCCACAUACAACAAUCAUCCUGGCAAAUAUCCCUACAUCACGAUCGGCAAAGCAUCUGGCUGUGUGUGCUGGUUGACUGAUCCAGGUGACCACAACAAGCUCGUGCCAAUCGGCGCGGUUGGUGAACUGUUGAUUGAGGGUCCCAUUGUCGGAAUGGGCUACUUGGAUAACCCCGAGAAGACGAAUGAGGUUUUCAUAGAAGAUCCUGGCUUCCUCACUGCCGGAAGCUCACAUUUCCCCGGUCGUAGAGGUCGAAUGUACAAGACAGGAGAUCUAGUCCGCUACGAUCCCGAUGGCAAUGGCGAAAUGGUCUUUAUCGGUCGUCAAGACCAGCAAGUCAAGCUCCGUGGCCAGCGCAUCGAGCUCACCGAGAUCGAGUACAACAUGAAGAAACACCUACCUGCAGAUACUCAGGUUGCAGCCGAGGUCAUCAAGCCUGGCGGAACGGGGACGCCAGUUCUCGUCGCUUUCAUUGUCGAGAAGCGCUUCGCAGACGGAGAGUAUCCGGACGGCAGCAUCUUCGGCUCUUUCUCGACAAAGUUCCUAACAGCCCUGAAGGAUAUGACGCAGAAGAUCUCUCAGGAUCUACCAGUGUACAUGGUACCUGCUACAUAUAUCCCUAUUUGGACAAUGCCAGCUCUCGUGUCCUCGAAGACAGACAGAAAGAAGUUGCGUGAGAUUGGUACCAUGAUCGACCGACAAAGUCUGCGUCGCUUCAACGCUGCCAUGACUGAUCACGUCAAACCAACAACAGAGAUGGAACUUGCAAUAUGCGCCAUAUGGGUAGAUAUCCUCGGUGGUAGUGAUGAGUUCAGCGCCAACGACAACUUCUUCAGCAUGGGCGGUGACUCGAUUCGAGCAAUGAAGCUUGUUUCUGCUGCUGGAAAGCAGAACAUUCGGCUCAACGUGGCGAAUAUCAUGAUGAAUCCCACCUUGGCCGGCAUGGCCAAAACGGCCCAGGUCGUUUCUAGCGACGAAACUGAUGAUAUCCCAGCGUUUUCGCUUCUGCCAAAGGGCUGGAAUGUUGACAAUGCCAUUGCUGAGGUCGCAUCGGCAUGCGGAAUAUCCAAAGAUCAAGUCGAUGACAUUUAUCCCUGCACACCUUUGCAAGAAGGUCUCAUCGCGCUUUCCACCAAGAACUCUGGAGGUUUCGUAGCGCAGCGUGCCCUAGAGCUCCCUCUUGCGACGGCAACACGCUUAAGAGAUGCCUUCCGCGUCGCCGUGGCGGAGAGUCCAGUACUGCGCACUCGAAUUGUGAGUGCAACUGGGCGCGGACUCGUCCAGGUAGUCGCCAAAGGAUCGCUCACCGACUUCGAAGAUGAUAAUUUGGAAAGAUACCUUGAGCAAGAUCGCCAGACUCCCAUGGGUCUCGGAACCCCAUUGUUUCGCUUUGCACUCAUCUCCGGCAGCGGCAAAGAGAAGGCUCAAGUGGUUUUGACCAUGCAUCACGCAAUCUACGACGGCUGGUCCGUUCCACUAAUGUGCGAGCGAGUCAAUCAGAUCUACAAGGGCGAAAAGCCCACACCAACGGUCGAUUUCAAGCAGUUCAUCCGAUUCCUUCUGAGUAUCGACAAGUCUGAGUCGGAUGAGUACUGGAGAAAGUAUUUGGACGGCGCACAUCCAGUGCAAUUCCCCCCUCUUCCAGAGCCAACUUAUCUCACCAAAUCGGACUCUUUAUAUGAAUACCAUGUCACUCUUCCAAGUGCUGCUCAUUCGCAGACUACUAUGGCAAAUUUGAUCCGUGGCGCUUGGUCUCUAGUUUCCCAGCUUUACUUGGGACAUCACGACGUCGUUUUUGGCGAGACUAUCAUCGGACGUUCAGCUAGCGUUCCUGGUGUCGAAUCGAUUGAAGGACCAAUGAUCACAACCUUCCCUGUGCGCGUGCACAUGGAUAUGGAACGUACCGUCAACCAACACAUGCAAGACAUCCAGGCUACAUACGUCAAACAAAUUCCAUAUGAGCAUGUGGGACUUCAAAAUAUCAGUCGCGUCUCGGCUGACGCACGUCACGCUUGCGAGAUCAGGACUGGACUUGUUAUCAAUCCACCUGAAAUGAAUCCCGAAGGUCUUCCAAGCUUAGAAGAGGAACCUGCUGGCGGUUUCGUUCCUCCGGAUGCUGCCGCUGCGGCGGAAGAGGCGCGGAAGUUCAACACUUACGCGUUGAUGCUUGUGUUCACAUUGGAAGAGAAUGGCUUCCUCAUCAUGGCCGCUUGGGACUCAAACUGCCUUUCUUACUCCGCACUGGAAAGAGUACUGGGAGUUUUCGAUCGCGUCAUCACCAAGUGCUGCGAGAACCCUCAGCUCCGUCUCGUCGAUGUAGCCAAUCUCAAUAAAGAAGAGUCGGCCGAUGCCGAAGCAAUUCGCCCCGUCGGAAUUACACUUAGCGAACCACCUGCAACUGUUUCGCAGACCGCUAAACAAUCUACUGGCGAGGCUUCAGGAGUCCCUAUCACCGAAGAUGAGCAGCGGCUACGCAGCGUUCUUGCGCCUAUUUUGGGCCUCGCAGAGAGUGAUAUCCUGCCGUCAGAUUCGUUCUUCGAACUCGGAGCAGAUUCCAUCAGUGCUAUGCGCUUUGCUUCAGACGCUCGUCCCCAUGGCUAUGAAAUUACAGUCGCCCAGAUUUUCAAGACACGCACCAUUUCGGCGCUUGCAGCAAGUAUUCAGUCAUCAAAGGAAUCGAAACUCAAGGAGACCAUCGGGCGUGUUCUAGACAUCCCGGCGGAGACGAUCGACCUUGGAAAGAACUUCAACGACUUGGGAGGAAACUCCGAAGCAGCAUCUCAAUUUAUUGCUGAAGCCCGAUCGCAAGGUCUCGUCAUCGAAGCCGCGCAGCUUUCUCAGAAUGUGCCUUUAUCAGCUCUUCUCUCUCAAAAAGAGACUGGCACCUCCACGGCAGCGGAGAACACUGAUCUGGAUGCGCCAUUCGCAGCCCUUACUGGAGAUCUGCAAUCGUUGACUGCGGAGGACCUUCAACCUCAUCUGCAGAACAAGGAAUGGAAGAUAAGAAACGCUUACCCAACAAGACCUCUUCAGAAGUACUCCGUAGAUGCUACCGUCAAUCUUCCUAGGUUUGCACUUCGAUACGAGGUGAUCCACUUUCCUGCUUUCAUCGAUCAGGCCAAGCUGCAGCGUAGCUGCGAAGAACUUGUUGCGCGAAACGAGGCACUUCGGACGGUGUUCAUCCCCUACGCAAACCAGACCUUGGGUGUUGUGAUUGAUAACCUUCAUGCGGCUUUCGAACAGAUUUCCGUUCCGGAAGGAGAAAACAUCGUAGAAUUUGCGAAGAAAUUCUCCAACGAAGACAUCGAGAAGCCUAAGCCUCAUGGCUCCUCGUUUGUGGGCUUUUUGCUAUUCACCUCGUCUGACAAUAAAGAAGCGGUCCUUGUGUUCCGCAUCAGUCACGCACAAUAUGAUGAGAUAUGCCUUCCCGGGCUAUAUGAACAGCUCGUAAGCCUAUAUUCCGGUACCACUGUUCCUGCCACCGUGCCCUUCACCCGGCACGUGAACUACUGCAUAAACAAGAGCAUACCAGAGUCCAUACCAUACUGGAAGGAAUUGCUCGACGGCUCUCAGAUCUCCAUUCUUUCGCCACCUGAACCACCGAAGAGCAACGAAGCCGUGGACAUAUACCGAGAAUUCGACAUUUCCACCCGACCAUCCGGCAUCACCAUCGGCUCGCUCCCCACCGCCGCCUGGGCAGUCGUCCUAGCGCGCCGUUUGAGCAUCCGCGACGUCGUCUUCGGCGAAGUUGUGACCGGCCGCGCCAUCGGCACGCCCGACGCCGAUCGCAUCUUCGGCCCUACCUGGAACUACGUCCCUUUCCGCGUCCCCUUCCAGGACUCAUGGACAUACCGCGACCUCUUGGAAUUCGUACAGACGCAACACGUCCAGUCAGCUGCGCAUGAGAGCAUGGGUCUCAGCGAGAUCGUCGAGCACUGCACGAACUGGGAUCCCAAGAAGGUGACUUGGUUCGACACGGUUGUCCAUCAAGCUCCAGGAAUGACUGAGAGCAUGAGCUUUGGUAAUGUGGCUGCGACGUUCGAGAUUACCUACCCGCAUGCAGAAACUCUGAGGGAGUGGAAGUGCCAGGCUUUCGUUCAGGAUGGCGGUAACAAGCUCGGAGUUGAGAUUGUCGCUUUCAAGGAGUGGAAAGACACUGCCGAUGCCUUGUUGCAGGAGGUAGGCGAGGUACUCGCUAGUUUGGUCAGUGGGUCUACUGAGAAGGUGUUCUAG